AUGACACCAACCCUACACAAAAUUCUUGUGCAUGGCUCUACAGUCAUAAAACAUGCCAUCUUGCCUAUCGGGCAAUUGUCGGAGGAGGCUGCAGAAGCCCGCAACAAGCAUUAUCGAUCUUAUAGAACAGAUUUUGGCAGGGAAUUUUCCAGAACGCAGUGCAACCAAGAUGUUUUAAACAGACUAUUACUCACAUCGGACCCUUUUCUAAGCUGCGUGCGAAAAAGGAAGCAAGUAAAAAGACAACGGUUCUCAACGGAAACGCUCGCUCUGUUAGAAGCGGAAGAUCUAAAUGUAACAAGUGACGAAGAAGUGCAAACUGAUCCUGAAUAG